CCACUACUGUUGAGGAAGAUGAAGAAAGGCAAAAAUAUACAUGUAACCCGAGCAAACAGGUUAUAUUUGUAAUAGUAUAUCACCGAGAUAGCGGCACAGCUGUGAUUUUAUUUCACUACUGAAGGACAUGUGCGUUGUUAUUGAAGCCGUUAUUGUGAUUGCAGCAAGUGAGAGAUUAUCGGGUCAAUGUUCACCCAACCCAACUUACAUAGUUUUAUCUCUCGGACCAUCCCUCAUAACUUUGUUUUGAUUGACGUACGGAGGACUCACACCGAUACAACUGCGAAAGGCCGCUCACUUUAUAUAUAUACACCUGUAGCUAGUAAACAAAGCAGUGUGGUACACAGACUUCACUCGAACAAUUUGUGCUGAUUGGCCUUAUGUGGUGAACAAUGUCAAAGGCCUUCAUGACGUCCAUAUAAACAACUUAGAUACCAGCCCCUUCAUCAAUGAUUUUAGUCCAGUCAUCCAUGGUUGAAGCUGUGAUGGCGACCCAAUCAGCGGAAGUGAUAAUCAUCGGUGCCGGCAUAGCUGGGAUAACAGCAGCUAACACACUUUUUGCUUCUGGCUACAAAGAUGUGAAGAUACUGGAGGCUAGGAACAGGAUCGGGGGACGAAUCCAUACCGUUUGUAUUGGGCCGGGCGCAUGUACCGUCGAGCUGGGAGCGCAAUGGAUCCAUGGAGGGGGAGACAACCCUGUGUAUUGUGCAGCUCUUGCUCACGACCUAUUGGGUCAUACCAACGUUCACGAUGAAUUUGCUGGAGUCUACUACAAAGAGAAUGGUAGCAAGGUAGACGAAUUGCUCCUGGACACCGUGACCGCCAUCUUUAAAGAUGCUGUAGAGGAAAUGGUAAAUUUCUCAUUUUCUGACCCAAAAUCAACGCUCUCGUGCAACGAGUACUUUUCAAACCGGAUGCCGAACAUCUUGUCAGCCGUCUCUGAUGAGCAGACGGAAGAAGCUGAAAAUAUAUUCCGGUCGCUGUUGAACAUUCUAAAAGAGGAUUCCGGUGACGAUUUAACAAGACUGUCAGUGAGUUGCAACGGAUUUGAAGACGACUACAAGAAUGAUGACCACACUCUUCCAGCAGGAUAUACUGCGCUUCUUAGAACAUUCAUGUCCAACUUUGAACCGGAUGUAAUUACAUUUGAAACAGAGGUUAAGCAGAUUGACUGGUCAGAAAAAGAAAACGGAUUUUCUUCUGUUGUGCUUAAAUGUGUUGAACGAGGAACAGAAAUGACUUACAUAGCAAAUCACGUGAUAAGCACCAUCCCUCUCGGAGUUCUUAAGAAGACUCAUCAAAAGCUAUUCAGUCCAGUUCUUCCUUCCGAACAAGCAUCUGUCAUUGACAAACUUGGGUUUGGCAAGGUAAAUAAGAUAUUACUUUACUACAGUGAGCCUUUCUGGACUAAGGGUAACGGUGGAAUUAAGCUGGUGUGGGAUAAGGAAGCCGACUGUGACGAAGUAGAAACGUCAUGGGCACGUGAUUUAUUUGCCUUCAAAACGAUGAAGCAUAUCGAUAACGUUUUGAUAGCCUGGGUUUACGGCGACUCUGCGGAGCAGAUGGAGGCGAUGGCGGAGACCAAAGUUGGUGAUGUGUGCACCCAGAUAUUGAAGCAAUUCCUCAACGACGACCGAAUACCGAAACCCACUAGUGUCCGAACCAGUAAGUGGUGCACCGACCCUCACACCCUCGGCGCAUACACCUUCGUCACUUCCGGUAGUCACUAUGACGAUAUUGAUAUUUUGUCAAAGCCUCUUUUACAAACUUCCGGAAAGCCAGCCGUGCUGUUUGCAGGAGAGGCAACACACAGCGACAAAUAUGCCAGUGUACAAGGGGCGAUGUUGUCGGGGAUUCGGGAGGCAAAACGUUUAAUGAAGUGGCAAAGCAACUAGAUUACUGGCGCAUAUCAUUACAUUGGUGUUCUAUAUUGGUUCAUUGAAGAAAUCACUAUAGAAACCUCAUCAAAGCAAGUAAACCGCUAGAAAAAUAUGUAUUCAGGAGAGACACUGUACGUGGGGUCGGUUCAUCACUUUCUGUUAGGUUUUAUAUAGCAAAAUGUCCCGGUACAUUUAGGGAGAUUUCCUAUUUGUCUUCUGUUAGUAAUGUAAAGGUUGACGGAUUAGUUUUAUAAAAUUCAAUCUAAAAAUGUUUUGAUACAACACGCUUUUCAGUAGAUGUUUAUUGGAAGAGUGUAUUAAUUAUUAUGUUUUACAGUGUAUUGUUUUGUUAUUGAUUUAAUAUGGAAUCAAAUGAUAUGUUUCUAUUAAAUAUUCAUGUAUUGAUGUGCAAUGAGGUUUUUUUGUAUGAAGACACAUCCAAUUAAAUAAAUCAGUUUUAAUUCUAACAGGGGGUGAUCAAGCUGGCUGUCGGUCAUAUUGUAUGUUUAUCGACAUGGUCAUAAUAGAGGACACGUUAAGCGAAUCCCUGUUCCAUACACUUCCGGUGCUUUCGCCUACCACCUGGUCUCGUUCAACGAGACGCUUGAUCACUUGUUCGGCGUAGCUUGUGCAGACAACAAGAGUCUGGUUGCACGAGACUACCUACCACUGUGUUGACGUCACUUUCAUCACGUGGUGUCUUUCUUCAUAACUUACCUUGUAGAGUUUUGAUGUAGAUAGCCAUUAGAGAAAUGUACUUUGGGAAAGUCCGAAAACUGUUAAGGGGCUGGGGGAGGUCGAUUCUUUAAAAACUUUGUGAAAAUAGCUCGUCCAUCUUGGAUAACAUUAGGAAAAUGUUAAAGUUUUUAAAAAAAAAAGUAAUUGUAUACGUUUCAGUGGUUAAGAUAAACAUUCGGUAAAACUUCCACGGAAAUGGCCUGUGUUUUUGGAGGAAAUGGAUAUCAUCUCUGCGGGAGGAGAAUACAUUUUACAUACAUAAAAGAGGUUUUCAUAAGAAAAAAACAUCCAUCUUUCCAACGGUACAAAAAAUCUUUGUACAUCAACUAGAAAUGUGGUUUUGAUGAAGAAAGUCAGGUGGGGGUCGACUUUUCGACAUCGAAAGCUACCCCUCUUCUCGUAGAUAUAUCAUCAUUGGAGGUGGAAUUUUUACCUAAAGUUGAUCUAAACCCCUAAAUCGUGUAAAGUUACUCUGAACACCUUAGUUCAGGUCCAAACAUAGCUGUUACAAAUUCUCAAGGCCCCUAGGUUUCCAGUUGAUAUAUGGAUAAGCAUAAAGACUACACCGGGAGGCGAUAUCGACAGUUUGGAUUUGAUUUAGGUGGCAUACGCAAUUUGAGUAAUAUUUUAAGCAAGUACAACUGUAUAUCAUAAAUGAUCACGUUAUUUCACGUUUAUCUAUAUUUCUAUUGUUAGAGACAAAUUCUACAAUAGGAGGUUAAUAAUUAAACAGGACAAACCCCUCCUCUAAAAACCGACAGCAAACUUUAGUUUAUGGUGUUUAGUCUGCACUAAACCCAACAGCACACACAGGUUAUA